AUGAAUAUUAUAGUUUUCUUUUUCUUUUUUCUCCCCAAACAUUUCUCAGUAAAAUGUUUUCGCCAAACUUCGCGUUCAAAGUCUUUCAUUAUAGAAAGAGGCGAUGUUGAAAUGACGAACGAAGCUUCUGGGGAACUUUUCUUUCCUUUCUUUAAUUCUUUCUUUCUUUUUUUUCUUUCUUUCAUCAACUUUUCUAUAUUUCUUUUUAGCGUUUUCUUUUCUUUUCACUUUAAAGAAUCUUUCAUUCUUUUUCUUUUUUCUUUCUUUUUUCUUUCUUUCUCCAUAUUUUUAGCGUUUUCUUUUUCUUUUUACCAUCUAUCUUCCAAUAUUUAUUUCGCUUUCCUUUCUUCUCUCUUUUCAACUUCUUUUCUAUCUCCCUUUUUAGUACCUUUUAUGCAUCUAUCUAUCUAUCUUUCUAUCUAUCUAUCUAUCUAUCUAUCUAUCUAUCUCAGACUGCUCGUCUUUCUUUCUUUCCAUAAAUCAAAAUCUUUCGCUUAUUUUGUGACUUCAUAUCUAUCUCAAUCCUGCUCUUCAUAUCUAUCUAUCUAUCUAUCUAUCUAUCUAUCUAUCUAUCUAUCUAUCUAUCUAUCUAAUUUCUCACAUCAUAUCUAUCUACCUCUGUUCCUCUCUAUAUUUAUUAUUCGAAAACCGAACUGCAAACCACAACAGCUCUAUGAAACAGGAUCUAUUUUUCUCACUCCAUUGAAUUCUCCUUCUUUUAAUCUGACUUCUUUCAUUUUUCCUUGUCUUAAUAUCUUCCCUUCAAUUAAUCUUUCCAAAUUGUUCUUCCUCCCAGAUCACAUUCUGUUUUUUUUUUCUGGCUUUUUUUCUAUUUUUCUCACUCUUGACCAAAUUAUUUUCCUUUCUUAUUCUGGUUUUUCAGCCAUUAAUUACUUUACAGCAUCAAUUUCUUUCUUUUUUUUCUUCUGCUUUCCUUUUUUCACUCUUUCUUUUUUUUUCCUUCAUUUUUUUUCCAUACGUCCCUUCCACUUCCUUCAUCGCUCUGAACUUUAUAAUCUAUUUGUUCAUUUCCUUAUAUUAUCAUUUCUUUUUCAAGUAUUUCUUUUCCUUUUUAUCUUACUGUCUUCUCGUAAGUUCUCGUUCUGCCUGAGAUUUGGGAAUUUUCUCUCUUUUUUUUUCCUCACUCGAUUCGGCUCUUCUUGUCUCAUCUUAACAGCUCACAAUCUUUACUCGAAAUAUGAUUUUUUUUCUUUCAUCCUCAAACUAUCACUUUCACCACUCGACAUAUCACAAUUAACUGUAUUUUCCUGGCUUCAUUCUUAUCUAAGGAUUGGUAUGAACCACUAUCUUAUUCAUUGCCAGAAAUUAGUUUGCAAUCCGAGUUCAAAUGAUUCUUCUUCUUCUUCUUCUUCUUCUUCUUCUUCUUCUUCUUCUUCUUCUUUGUGCCGUGUCCCUUGA